AUGGAUUCCAACGAUGUAAAACCGGAUUACCCUCUCACCAACAAACGAACCACCAAUGCAAGAGCUGGAGACGGUGCAGGCUCAGUGCCUGAAUUCAUUCAAAAGCUGUUCAGGAUGCUUGAGAACAAGGCGUUUCGAGAUACAUUUUGUUGGGGACCUGACGGCACCACUUUCAUUGUCAAGGAUACCAAUGAAUUUUCAAAGACCAUUCUGCCCAAGCACUUUAAGCACUGCAACUUUGCAAGCUUUGUUCGACAAUUGAACAAGUACGAUUUCCACAAGGUGCGAAAUGCGGAUGAUGGUCACAAGCCGUAUGGUGAUCAGGCAUGGGAGUUUGUACACCCAAAGUUUCGACGCGAUAGGAAAGAUUUGCUUGAGGAGAUUCGUCGCAAAACACCUGGCAAGAACAAAAAGGAUGACGCUUCGGCACCUGCCAAAGAUAAGAAUUCAACGACUGAUGGCCAACAACAAAACGACGACGACAGCAAUACAGCCGAAUCUGUAUUCGAGAUCCGCAAAAUGGCAGAGACGCUUCAACAACAAAUUGCACAAUUGCAGCAGUCUCAAAAGGAUAUGGAUGGCACUUUGCAGCGAUUACGACAACACGACACGACCAUACUUGGCGAGUUUGUCAGUCUAAGCAAGAACAUGGCAGCCAAGGAUGAGCUCAUCAAGCAAUUUCUGCAUAUUGCCAUAGAGCGUGAUAAAAAUGCUGCAGCUUCUCAGGGUGGUACUUUAAUGAAUGGCAGUACUCUAUCAGCAGAGACACAAAAGCUAUUGGAUUCUUACGCCAAACUUACCGAGUCGAAUACGCAACAAAUGGGCAUCAUUGAAAAGCAACUACAACAAUCACAAUCAUCGUGGGCGUCAUCUGUUCCAUCAUCGGGCCCAGAACGAAUGGUGCCUUCACAACCCGACCUUGGUGUACCACCUGUACUUGGCUUGCCACAAGAUCCUUCAGCAGCAGCAGUAGCAGCAGCAGCGAUGAAUGCGGGUAGUUUGGUUGGAUCACCUUUGAAAACGCCUGAUGGUCUUGCAUUUGUUACGGUGGGUCGUAUCACACCUCGACAAACCAAUGAUGCAAAGACACCUUUGUCCCAAUGCGAGAACAACAACAACAACAACAUGAUGGAUCCUUCAUCUUCUCAAGCAUCACAACGUGCAUCGGCAAGCAAUAGCAACGUAGCUGGUGGACUAAGUCUUUCAAGAAAGUCAAAUGGCAAUGGAUGGACAGUGCCGCCGCGUGUGCUUCUUGUGGAUGAUGACUCUGUGUAUCGUGACCUUAGUGGAAAAUUGCUCAACAUGAUUGGAUGUACAAUUGAUCUUGCCAAGGAUGGUGUUGAAGCAUUACACAAGAUGAAUGCCGAGAAGUAUGACUUGAUUUUGAUGGACAUUGUGAUGCCAAAUCUUGACGGCGUAUCAGCCACGCGUAAUAUUCGACAAUACGACAUGCUCACACCUAUCAUCUCCAUGACAUCCAAUUUUACCGACAACGACAUCAUGCAAUACGUUGGAAGCGGCAUGACCGAUAUUUUACCCAAGCCGUUCUCCAAACGCACUUUGUACAGCAUGUUGGAAAAAUACUGCGCCCAUUUGAAAGUGAUGCAACGUAUUCAAGAACCCAAUGGCAUUCCUCGCAGCUUAGGCUCUAUCGAAUUGGUACCAGAAGGACAAAUAUCGGAGAUCAACCAAGCUGGGCCAAGUAGUAGUGGAAGUAGUAGUGCUGCAAGUAGUAGUGGUGGUGGUGCUCAAUCAUCUGCUUACAUUGAGGAAAUCACUCAAGCACAAGAAACACCAGCCAUUCCAGCAGCGAGUAUGCCAUCUGUACCAACACAACAACAACCUGUUCUUUCUACAUCCAUGCCACUUGCUACUCAACCAACCACUACUCAAAAUCAUCCUGUGGUUACCAGUGCUGCUGCUGCAGGUGGUCUUGCCUAUCCUGGAAUGCCUAUGGAUACACCACAACCAUCACAGCAACCUAUGGGAACGCCACUUGUAGGAUCAUACCACCCAACAGCUACCAUGCCACCACCCACUACACCCACCGCAAUGCCUCCCAAUACCAUGCCCAUGGGUUGGCCAGGUGUACAACAACCUCAACAACCAGUCAUCCCUUCAAAUGAUGGGAAACGAGCCUGGGCGCAAGCAUGCUCAGAGACGCCGGCGCCUCAACAUGAAUUCAACUUGGCGGCAUCCACAUUGGCUGCAAAACGUCGAAAACGCGCUUAA